AUGGAACACAAUAACAUCGUAAACGAAGUUGUUAAGCUGAAAACGGAGCUGAAAAAUGCAUUGGUAGAAAAUGGAGAGCUGAAGAAGAGGCACCAUGAAGACACGGAAAGGAUGAACUUAGUAUCGCUGAAAAACGCCACUCUGUUGAGUGAGAUAGGGAACGAGAAGAAAAUGCUGCAAUUGGAGUUCAAUAACUACAAAGAGGAGUCUGUAAAGGACAUAAAGAGGCUACAGGAAGAGCUAGACAAAAACGUAAUUAUGCUAAAUUGUUUGAAGGACGAAAUUCUUUUCAAGGAAGAGGAACUGAAAAAGGCGGAAAUAAUUGAGAAGCUAUACAAGGAGGAGAGCCAACUGAAUCAGGAAAAAGAUAGGAAGAUUAAAGAUUUGGAAGACAUGCUAACACGGAAGGAUGUACCUUCAAAGGAAGACCAAACGACUGGUGGGAAUCCCGAAGUCGAGCAAAAGAACGAAGAAUUGAAGGCGUUAAAUAAAAAAUAUGAACAGCUAAAAAAAACAAACAACGAAAUUGAGAGGAAAAUAUAUUUCCUAAAGGAAGAAGUGGAUUAUUACAAAAACAAUGAGAACAGUUUUAUAAUGCAAAAUAUUUUUAAUGCGGAGAAUAAUUUAGACGAUUCGACGUGCAAAAAGUAUCUUUUAAAAAUAUCAGUCCUGUACAACGCUUUAUACAAAAUUGUCGUGUAUGAUCAGAAGAGUCUAUACGAAAAAGACAAAAUGAUUUACUCCCUGGAGAAGGAAAACACCCAUUUUUUGAAAAAAUUCAUUGCAGAUGAAAUGUACUGUCUUUACCUCAAGGAUUGUAUCAGUAAAAUAAAUUUGACUUACCAAAUAGAUCUGCACAAACAGGAGAAAAAAUACAUGCUACUGAACUCAGAGUACGAUGAGCUAUACAAUAAGUUUCUUCAGGAAAAGAACGAGAAUUGCCUACUCAACGAAAAAUAUGAUAAAAUUAUUUUCAAUCAGAAAAAAGAAAUUAAUAACUUGAAGAGCCAUAUAUCCGUACAGAAUAAGGAUAAAGAAAUUCUCACCAAGUAUAUUGACAACUAUAUCACUUAUAUAGAAAAUUCAUAUGAGAAGUAUUGCCUUCUCAAUACAGAGUAUAAAAAUUUAGAAGAGCUAGUCAAAGACUUGGAGGAAAAAAAUAAAAACUUGAUGAUUCUUGUUAAUGGGAUAAAUGCAGACAUGGAAAAGGAUCCUUCCAAGGGGACUGAACUGAACAAUGAGAAUAGAGCAAAACAUAAAAGGAACACCAUAACGAUGGACAUUGAUCAUAUGAAGUUAAUCAAAAAUGAUAUAAAAGAUAAGGACAUAAAAAUUAUAGAACUGGAGAGCAAAAAUAUGGAACUUGAAAAGACGAUUGACAAGCUUAACGAAGAACUGGUCAAGAACAGAAGAACAGAGUACGAGGAAAGCGAGUCCUCCAAAAUUAAAGACCUCUGCUUCGAUUUGAAGGAUAUCUGCUCCAAACUGGAAUUGGAAGUGAAGGAGAAAAAUUACAUCAUAGAGGAACUCACCGAAAAGUUAACUCAAGCAGAGAAAAAAAGCAAGGAUAAUCAAGUCAUCUUAGAAUUGUCCGAAUUUAGAAUACAAAAUUUUAAUGAUAAUAUGAAAUAUUACCAAGAGAAAGUGGCUGAAUUGGGUGAAAAACUGCAAAAGAAGGAAGCUGAAGUGGCUAUCAUUCACGAGUAUAAUGAACGGUUAAAGGAGGAGAAAGAAAAAAUGACCUAUGAGCAUGUCAAACUGAUGGACCGGCUGAACGAACUACAACACGAAAAUGAUCAUCUAAGGAAUGAAGUAAUCUUCCUAAGGAAGGAAGCAUCCUUGAGUAAUAAUCACCCUGCUGGGAAGGACAAGGCUAACCCAAGUAACAACCGCCUUAUCAGUGCAGCCCUAGUGGUGGAUGACAACUCCUACGUGAAUGAAAAAUCCACGACUCACAACGAUGAGCGAAGCGAUCCGCAUUCUGAAAACGAACAGAAGGAAGAAUCAAACGGCAGCAUGUAUAAAGGCAUUUUCAAAUUUAUACAACCUAAGAAGAACACCUAUGAGGACAAAGACCAACUAGGGUUAAGAGUAAACAAACUGACCGAUGAAAAUCUGCUCCUCAUUAAGGAGAAUGAAGAAAUUUUUGAUAAACUUCAAACGGUGUCCAGCGAAAAUGUCAAAUUAAAGAACGAUUGUAUGUACUUCAAAGCGGAUGCAGAAAAGUCGCUCUUCUAUCUGGAGUAUGAAAAAAAGGAAAAGCUAAAAUAUAAAUUAUUGCUGAGGCAGAAUAAACGAAAAGGAAAAGAGCUCAAGAGAACAUUUAACAAAAUGAUGGGCACUAUGAAGGAUCUAGUUAUAAGUGUAAAAAGAAUUGACAAGGAAAAUAAAAAAAAUGAUAUGAACAACUCCUUCUUUAUAUCCUCUUCGUCUGAAAAUAAUUCCAAUGAAGAACUCCUCUCAGAUAACGACAACACAAACACGCAGUUAAUGGUGUCUUCUGUGGGGAAGUCUAAAAAGAGUUUCAACAACACCAGUGUCGACGGUAAGCAUAGCUUUUACAGCAGAUCGACCAAGGUUCCUAAAACCUCAGAAAAUGAAAACGUGUGCGGAGAAAGAGAAUCCCAUGGCAGGAGAACACACCACACACAUAAGAACGAGAGAAAAUACCCCAAGAGGUAUAUGAAAAUACGAAUGCACAGGUUCUCCAUUUGCAGCAACUUUAAGAUAAACGUGGACAAGUAUAAGAAGGCGUGUAAGGAGGCGGAGGACGGCGCCAUUUCCUUCCUGAAGGAUACUGGCAGUGCCGACCUUCACUCGUUGGCAGUUCAGCCGAGAAACGCCAAAGGGAUAGAUACGUUUUACUCCAUCCCGAACAGCACCGACUCGAAGGUAAUAAACGUAUCACAGGAGGAGAGAAAGAAAAAGAAGAGAAAGGCGAACAGUUUUUCUAUAUUUCAGACUUCCAAAAUGAUCAACGAUCUUAACUACAUUAGAAGGAAGUAUGAUUCAAAAGUGAAGGAAACAUUAACCAUGCAAAAGAAAUUGAUGGAAAAUGAGAAGGAGCUGAAUGGCACCAAUAUAAAGUACGAAAAUCUGCUGAACGAACACGAUUCUCUCAUUUCGCAGAUUAAGGAAAGGACGGAAAAGCUAGUCAACAUAGAAAAAAAUUACAACCUCCUAUUUGAAAAAUACAGCGAAACACAGGAUGAAAUGAAGAUGCAUGAAAAGAAGACGCAGGAAAUUUUUAACGAGUGUAACGAGUUAGUAGAAUACAUGAAAAAGAAGGAAAACAAAAUUAAAGAAUUCGAUGAACACUUAAAAAAAAUGGAAAUAAAGUACAAGGAGGAGAAGGAAAAAAAUGACAUCCUCACAAAGGAUAAUGUCUCUUUGGAUAAUUUAAAUGCCAAGUAUAAGGAAGAUAUCGAACUGUAUAGGAAAAAAUUGGAGAGCAUGCAGACUGAGUUAAAGUUGAGGCUGUCCAAAAUUGAUGAGUUGGAGUUAAUCCAGAAAAACUCCGAAAAUGAAAUGUUCUACUUAAAGUCAGCCACCUACAAAUAUGAAAUAAAUUUGAAGGAGGCCCAUGACGAAUUGAACAGAAUUAAUGAAGUCACUGUGAAGCUGCGCAAGGAAAUCAGCGAAAAGGAGGUUAAUCUAAACCUGUUAAAGGAGCAAAUCCUAAACAGGGACUACUUCCUUUACAGUAUAAACGAGUCACUAAAAAGGAAGGAAUACUUUUACAAAAACGUGAAACAAAGAGUUCAGGGAUUCAACAAAACCUUUAUAGAAUUGUGUGAAAGUUUCGAAAUGAGUGAAGUGAACAAGUUCAAUGAACUAUAUGAAGGCUUCGAAUAUAAUGAUGCCAGCUAUAAGAAGCAUAUGCUAAAUUUUCAGCUGCAUCAUAGGGAUAGAUUCGUAGACACCGUGGACGAUAUCGUCAAAACGGUGGAUGCGUUGAGCGAAUUUAACCUGAAGUAUGAACAAGAGAGAAAUGACAUGGCUAAUCGAAUUAAGGACCUGGAGAAUAAAUUAAAAAUGAAGAUGAACGAAAAUAACGAACUGUAUGAACAGUACGAGAGGAACAUGAAGAACGUCCUCCUCGAGCGAGACGAACGGGUGGAAGAUUGCCUCAUCCUCUCAGAAGACGUAAAAAAGAAGAAUCAAGAAAUACACACUCUUGUCAAAGAGUUGGAAGAGAAAAACGUCGAAUAUAAUGAAGUACAUAUGAAAUGCACCUUCCUCACCAAUGAGGUAAAAAAUUUAGAAGGCGCCAAAAUUCAUCUGAAGGAAAAGCUGAGGGAAAUCGAAUCAGAACAGGAAAAACAAAUUGACUUCCUCAAAAAGGAAAAUGAAUAUCUGAAGGAAGAUAUAGCUAGCAUCAAUAAGGUUAUUCACAAUCUGGACGAUGAAAUUGAAAAGCUAAAAGGAACAGUAGACAGAUUGAAACAGGAAAAGUAUGCCUAUGAAAAGGAGAUAGACAAACUGAGGGAACUUCUUGAAGAAGAAAAACGAUUUAAUGAUAUUUUGAAAGAAAACGAGCAAAACUUUAUUCAAGAAAUUAAGGAGGCACACAAGUAUGCUAUCAACAAGGAGGAAGAAGUCAACCUCCUAAAGUUGAACCACGAAUUAGAGAAAAAAAAAUACGUCGAUGAAAUUGAUCACUUAAAAAGUAAGAACAAAGAAAUACAGGAUUCUGUGAAAAACCAACUAAAAAUGGUCUCAGAUUUAGAGCUGCAAAUGCUGGAGUACAAAGUUCUUUUGGAUAAAAACACCAGCAUGAAAAUGCUAGUGCAAGAUUUGGAGAAUAAAAUUGAUGAACUGAUCAAAGACAAUGAAAAAUUGUGUAUCGAUCUGAAGAAGGAAAAACUUAUCAAUGAGGAGAAGGAAAAAAAUAUCGUAGCCCUAAGUGAGGACGUCAAAGUGUGCGAAACAAAAAUACACGAAAACGAAUCGUUGCUCCUCAAACUGAAAGACGAAAAGGAGCAGCUCAAUGAAGAAAUAUUCAUCCUUAAUGAUAUUAAAAAGAGCAAAGAUUCUAUUAUAGAAGAACUGGAGAAUAAUUUGAGAAAAGCUGUUUUCGGCGAUGUCAAACUGAACGAAAUGGAAAGGUCACAACUGCAACAUAAGGUAUUCACCGAGGAGGACCUCGGCAUUGCCAAAGAGGAGGUGGAAGAGCUAGAUUUUAACGACAUGGCCAAUUCCGCUAUGUGCAUUUUUAAUAAUAACGGGAAUCUGGGGCCAACCCUGAAUAGUAGUCAUAGGAAUAAUGCAGCCAAAAUGGUCGAGCUUAAAAAGUAUAGCCUCUUCUUGAAGGAAGAAAAUGACGCCAUGAAACAGGAGCUAAGAAAAAUGAAAGACAGGUCCUCAAUCGAUGAAAGGAAAAACGUAGAGAUGCAAAGAAUAAUCGAAAGGAGAGAUGAUAUUAUUAGAAAAAUGAACAAUGAAAUAGUUAUCUAUAAUGACAAAAUAAAAAACUUUGAGAAAGACACCAACCAACUUAACUCCGAACUGUACGCAGCGAAUGAACUCCUCGCCCUUCGAAGUGAUGAGUGUAAGGAGCUAAGCAUGGAGCUGUACGAGCUCACCGAUGUGAAGAAUAAGCUAAUGGUUCGAAAUGAAGUUCUCCAGAAACAGGUCGAUUUCUUCAAACAGGAGGUGGAGGAGAAGGCGGAGCUCCUAAACGACUUGGAUAUGAAGAAGACAGAAAACGACACCAAGGAGGGCGAGAAAAACGCCAUUAUUAGUGAAUACAACCGGACGUUAAAUAUGUAUUACAAAAUAUGCUCACGCAUUAUAUAUUACAAGAAGUACGUAGAGAAGGAGCUCGGCGGGGAAGGUGAAGGCGACUACGUGGGGAUUACCUCUAGUGAGGACGUACAGCAUAGCGUAGUACACAGCCCCCACGAGGACGAUUCGCCGCUGAUUCACUCGCUUCAGAGCGAACUUGCCAACCUGAACCCCUCCGAUACGAACGAAAUAUCCAGUUACAUCAGCGAAUUUCUCAAGUGCGUGCGGCUCCUCAUUUUUAAAAAGAGGGUAUUCGAGUCGAAACUGGAAAAUGCAGAGAAGAAAUACAACGACUUUAAGGAGAAGCUAAAGGAAGACAGAGACCUCAUAAGUGAUUUGAAACAAAGGCUAAGACAAAAUGAGGAACACCACCUGAAUAUGAGCAGACAGGAGAACCAAGACAGCCGAAAGUAUAACCCCCUCUGCGAAGAUGCAGAUUCCCUCUCCAUCAACUAUAAGGAGCUCAGCACAGACAUAAGAAAAAGCCAAAUCAGAAAUGAUCAAAUGGAGAGAAAAAAUAUGGUCCUCCUAAAAUGCGAAAAUGAAAAAUUGAAAGAAGAAAAUAAAUAUCUAAAUCAACAGAUAAACAGUUUGAUCAACCUGCAGAAUAGCAUGAACGAAAUGAAGAAAAGAAACGAGUAUGGAGAAAAGGAUGGAAUGCAAAAUGAGUACAUGUUCGUGGCGGAAAAUAAGUUCCUCAAAUUCGAGGUAGAAACAAUAACCAACGAACUAAACAUUGUAAAGAACAAAAAUGAAUAUCUGAAAAAGAAGGCGGACAAUUAUGAAGACAUAAUUGAUAGUUUGCAAAAAGAAAUCAUACACAUUUUGGAUAAGCAGAAGGAGUGCGAUGAGGAGUAUUACAAAAUGGAAACCGAGUUGGAUAAAAAGAAUGAACACAUUGAAGGUUUGAUGCAGAAGAGGAAAGAGGACCAACAACAAAUGGAAUUGGAGUACUCGAAGAGCCUAAAAUUGGAGAAGGAAUUUCUCGCCUUCACAGAUGACUUAUUCAAGAAGGAAUGCAAACUGAAGGAGUUGGAAGAAACGGUGAAGAAUCUAAACGACGAUAUUAAGGCACACAUUGUAGAAAAGGAGGAGUUAAAAAAUAUUGUAGAAAAUUUGAAAACAAAAUAUGGAACAUUUCAAGAUAAGUAUAACGACCUUUAUAACAUCUUUGAGAAGGAGAAGCAGGGGAAAUUCGACAUGGAGAAAAAGCAAGAUAGUGCACUACUAACAAAACUGAAAAAUUAUGAUGACAUUAUCUCGGAACUUCUAAAGGAGAAGGAAAAUUUACUAAACAAGUAUGAAGAAUUAAAGAGAGUGCAUGAUGAGAAGAUUAAGGUAGAAUCCCUUCUGCACAAAGAAAUCAAUGAACUCAGAAAGGGUAACGAAAAAUUGAGUGAACAGAAUAAUUCGUUGGUCGAAAAUGUUAACCAGUUGAUUAAACAGAAUGAGCAGUACAACAUCAAGUUAGUAGAUUUAGAUAAGGAGAAAUUUGACCUCUACAUGAAAUAUCUUAAAGUGUCUGAGGAGUUGAACAACGUUUCUGCGUCCCCUCUCCGUUCGAAUCACAGCGGAGUGGAUAAAAAUUUCGUGGAAAGUGGAAUUUCCAAUUCUCCCUUGUCUAGAGGGAACAGCCCCGUAGGUGAAUCGCAUGGAAAGAAAUCCAAAAAGGGCAUCUUUAACGAGUAUGAUCACACGAAGGGCCAGGACACGGAGCGACAAGACACAGAUCGCUUAAGUCAGGCGGGGGAACACCCUCAAAAUGAAAUCAUAAAUAAUCGGUAUAAGGAAAUCACCCACUUGGAAGCAGAAAACCGUGCCCUUAAGGAAAAGAUUAAUGAAUUGGAGCAACUGAACGGAGACAUAUUUAGCGACAAUAAGGUAUUAAUACAAAUGAUUGCCGAGGCAGACAAACGGGGAAGCGACCUAAAAAUUGCAGACAUAAAAAGUUUGAGGAACUACGAAAUUUUGAUGAAAGAAAACAAACAUGAAAAGGAAGAAAACGAACACUUGAAAAUGGAGAUAUAUAAUUUGAAGAACAAAAUCGAUCAGUAUAGUAUUAUGCUUAAUAAAAGGAGCCAAUAUGAGGAAACAAACAAGAGGGCCAAGAAUUACCUCUACUACUUAAAUGAUAAAAUCAAAGGGUUUAUAGAAAUCUUCAGCGAAAAGAACUUCAAUUAUGAAUACUUCAAAUCGGAACUGAAAAAAAUUAAGUCCACCAAUUUAAUGAUUAUUGAAGAAAAUUUCGAAAAUUUCAAGGAUGGUGGCUACUCCAGAAUAAGUACCCCAAGUAAGCACUCCCUGGAGGAAGACAACAAAAGUGUCAGCUCCAAAAUAAUUGUCAACUUUUUCACUGCAUACAAUGAUACGAGUAAAACCAACCAAGACGAUAUCAUCAUUAACAGAUUUGAACUGAAAAAAUUCUACAAAUGUAUCAUAAAAUUGAAGGAGGAUUAUCACAAGAAAUGCCUCCUGGCGGAUAACCAAAAGAACCUCAUUGAGGAAUUGAACAAGGAGAUCUUUAACUACUCCACGCAGAAUACGAACCUCCAAAAGGAUGAACUUGAACUGAAGAAAAAACUAACCCAACUGAUGAAUGAAAAUGCAGCCAACGUUGAAAAGUUUUCCAAACUGAAUGGUAAUUUGAUCAGCAGACUUAACGAUGAAAUCUCUAAGAACGAAAAGUUGAUAUCCGAUCUGAAUACACAGAAUGAGAUAAACAAAAACCAUCAGGAGAACCAAAAGAGGAUAGAAAAGGCGCUAAAUUUUAAACCUUUCACGAGUGAUGAUUUGUCCAAACAGGAUGAAGACAGCACGGAAAGAAAUUUACAAAAGAUUCAUAUCCUACUGGACGAAUAUGAAGAACUGGUGAGGAACAAUUCCAAGUUGCUAACAACCAGUGAUAAAGUGGCUGCGGAAAAUGACACCCUCAAAGAAGUCAUUACCAAAAUGGACAAAGAAAUUAACGACCUGACGAUGGAGCUGAAAGAGAAGAAAGAACAGCACAGUCAGGAAAAGUACAAAAAUGAGCAACUCGCACGUCGAGGUGCACACAAAUUGGACCAUGAACAGGGGGAACAUGGUAGGGAUACGCCCCAAAGUAAUGGAGAAGUCAUACAAGAAUAUGAAGCAAUUCUUCUCGCCAUUGAGAAGAAAAACUCCGAGUUGGAGAACCAUUGUGAGAGUUAUCAGAAACGUAAUGACGAACUCAGCGACAAGUACGACGCUUUGCUUAAGGAGUACAACGAGCUGAAGCGUUUUGUGAAAGAAAAGAAAAUUGAAUUCAAAUUAGCAGGGAAGAGAAGCCAAAAUGAUUAUGACGAUGGGGAUGUUUCCAAAAGUCAGGCCAGAGGCUCAGAAAAAACCACCUUAAAGGAGAGACAAUCGCCCAGUGGGUUCCUCACAGCAGAUGAAUUGGUAACCCUCAGCAAGCACGUAAAGGCCGUUGAGACGCUAAAUAGGGAUUUUCUAAAAAAUGAGGAACUGGAAGAAUUCAUAAUUUUAAUCAAACGAGACAUUGACAAAAUUUUGAGAGAGGAGUGCGGGCAUCGGGGCGAUAUGAAUGGCGAACAAGGGGCAGACCUUAUCAACGGACUUCUUACCCAAUUGAGCGAAAAAGAAAAGGAGGUAAAUAAUUACAAAGACGAGAUGUACAGCCUGCAGAUGCGACUAAAUAACAAGGAGGAAAUAAUUAACAAUUUGAAGUAUGCCUACGAAAAUGAGCUGAAGAGAAAAACGGAGUUGACCAAAACGCUGGAGGAGAAGGUGCAUGAAAGUGGCCUCACCAACCAAGCAGACAUACAAAACGAAGAAAUGUUUUUGAAAAUCCAAAACGGAUAUGAAGAACUGCUGAACGAGUAUAACCUCUCCCUAAAUACGCUUGAAGAAACGAAGGAAAAGCUAGAACUGCUAAGGAGCGAAAAAGACAAAAUGGAAAAGUUAAAAGAAUUAGAAAUGAACGAUAAAGAAUUUAUUAUCAAAAAGUUAGAACUAAUAAACACCCAACUUAAGGAUAAGGCAGAGGAGGUAAAAAAAUCCCUAAGUCAGGAACUUGAAAAGAAGGAAAACAUAAUAAAGGAUAAGGUAGACAUGCUUGACGAGUUGAAGAAUCAAGUCGAUUUUUUAAAAAAUGAAAAAAGCAAAAAUGGAAAGUACACCUCAGAGCUAGAAUUGCAGCUAGCCAAUUUGAACAACGAAAUGAACACACUGAAUAAUCUCCUUAAGGACUCUAAGGAAGAAAUCAACUUGAUAAAUUGCGCCUUGGAAGAAAAAGAAAAUGAAAUUACCGACUUGAGGAGCAAAUUAGAGGAUUACAUAAACCAAACGGAUGACACCACAAUGCAGAAUGAACCCCCACAAAUAAGGAGCAAGCGUAAUAGUAGCGUGUCAGAGAAGAGACGACAAAGCUUCCCAGGAAGCAGUGAACAAAUGAUGGAGAACGAAAUUAUUAAUGAGUUGAAGAGGAAAAGCCAAAUACAGACUAAUCAGCAUUAUCAAAAAUUGAACGAACUACGGAUUGAUCUGAAGAACUCCUUCGCAAGUUACAAUAAACUCAAAUUCGACAGUGAAAAAAAAAUUGAAGAUUACGAAGAAGAAGCAAAUAACUUAAAAUGCUACAUAAAAAAAAUUGAAGAGGAAAAUGAAAAAAAAGAUAAGAAAUAUGCUCUAAUCGAAAUUGCAAUCAAAGAAAUGGAUAAAGACUUGAUCAUCCUGAAAGCACAACUAGAAGAAAAGAGUCUCUACAUUAUAGAUCUUGAGAAGAACAUACAACGGUAUGAGACGGAUAUGCAGUUCCUCGGUGAAGACGCGAAAGUAGUGCACCACGUAAUUAUGACAUACGUCGAAUCGGAUGGAAAUGACAUUCACCAAUUGGCGAGCGAACUCAGCACCAAGACGAAGACGAACCAUUUCGUUUUUCUAAAAGACGUCAUGGUGAAGUUUUAUCAAAAAUUUAUUAACACGUCGAUGAAGCGAAAAGAACGCCGUAGUGACAGUCAUGAUGGGGAUGCCGUUUUGGAGAAGGAAAUCCUAACCUUGGAAGAGAAGCUGAGUAAAAUUCUUUUCGAAAAAAAUGGGUUAGAAAAUGAAGUACGGUUGGUUAAGCAAGAGCUAGACACGUUGCACGAGAAGAGGAGUGCCUGUGCAAAGGAGCUGAACGGGCUGAUGAAUGAACUGGACAAGCGGCAUGAUGAGCUGAGCCAGGCCAAGCAUAGAAUGGAAGAAAUAGAGAGGAGGGAAAAAAACCUACAUGAUAAGGAAAGCGAGCAUAUCAGAAAUGGAGAAGAAAUGAUGAAGCGAAUGAACGAACUAUCCAUUAAGGAAAACGAAAUAAUCAAGCAAACGAAAGAGCUAACCACCCGCGUGGAAGAACUAAACAACGAGAAGAUACACAUGGAAGAGCUGAAAAACGACCUGAUGAUCAAGUUCGAAAAGCUGUACAACGCGCAAAACGACAUAAAAAUUAAGGAAACAAAAUUAAAAAAAAUAUACGAGAAAUUGAAAAACCACAACAUUGUAGAAUUACUAGACAUUAACAACAAUGAUAGUUUUUUAAACACAUCCUCGACAAACAAUUUGAACAACUCUACGUCGCUAAAGAGAAUAAUUGAAAUGGAUAAUCUGGACAAUGAAAAUGGAAGCCUAAAUUUGGACUCACUCGAGUAUACCACCUACUUCAAGGAGUUUAAAAAAAGAAUCAAACAUUUGAAAAACGAUUUAAUGAAUAGGGAGAAAGACAUGGAGAUAUACAAAAAAACGCUCGAAAUUGAGAAAAAAGAAAAAGAAAUUUACAAAAUUGAGUUGGAAAAAUUAAAGGAACUUGUGCAGGUAGAACAAAUGAAUAGAAGAAAUCUGGACGAGGAGUUGGAGAAAUAUAAAAAUGAUGACUCCCAUUUUUUGAAGUCCCUAAAAGAAUCGGAGGAACAACUCAAUGAAAAAAAUAACACAAUUUUAGAACUGCAACAGAAGCUCAUUGAAACGUCCUACGAAAUGAGCUUGAUGGAUAAUAAGACCAAUAUUCUACAAGAAAAAAACAACGAAAGUGAAAAGAAAAUAGAGCAACUUAACGAUAUCAUCUCCAACUACGAGAAGGAAAUUAACGAACUGAAUAAGGAAAAGCUAAACAUUACCAGAAAGUCGAUCGAAAAAAUUAUAGAUGACGGGGAAGACAUCAAAAAGUUGAAAGACAAUUUGGAGGAUGCACAUCAGGUAAUGCUGCAGCUGAAGGAGAAAAAUGAGCACCUGCACAACGUUAAUACUGAACUGCAACAGGCCAAUAGGGACAUGCGAGCAGACAUUGAUAUACUGCUAUCUAAUAUUGAGGACAUAAACGAGGAAAAUAAAGUCAGCGAGCAGAAACUCAAACAGGGUGAAGACAGGUACGCUGAGCUUAAACGGGCUUACCAAGAAAAGGUACAGGAGGGCGAACAGAUGUACCACAUGUUGUCCUCCAAGGCGAAGAGGAAGUUGCACUUUGGAGGGCAAGCGGCGGACCACGAGGAAGGCAACCAAAGGGGAAGUCAAAUAGGUGGAGAAAUAAAUGGGGAAUUAUUCCCCCAAGAACGCCACUCACUGGACCAGUCCCCAGAUCAACCACGGAACCACGUUGCAACCCCCGAGUUGGAAGAAAAACACCUGCAUGCACUGAACGAAAAGAACGCAAUUAUCCAAUCGUUGAAGGAUAAACUGGCUCACUACACCGUGGAAAAUGGCAAAAAAGAAGAAGUCAUAAAAGAGUACAAAUCUCUGAUAGACGAAAUUUCAAGCAAAGUGCACAUAUUUGAAGACAACCUGCAGUUCCUUGUUAGAUUGAACGAGUUUGUACAUGAGAACAACUACUCAUACGAGCAGGUGCUAGUCAUUCUAGAAGAAUCUAUGUUGUACAGAAAAAUAUUAAAUAAGGUACUGCUGGAAAAUCAAUUUUACAGACAAAUUUCUCAAAUUAAGGAAUACCUCUUUGAUGUAAUAAAAAAGAACACGUCGAACACAAGGGGAACGCUAAAAUUGAGUCUUCUGGAGAGGAGGAACUCGAAGAAGGAGAGCGGCUUGAGCAAUUCAAACAAUGGUGCAUACAUGAGCGAGAAUAUUCACUCCUCACACGAGAAUGAUUCCCUCGUGGAUAACGUGGAGUACAUCCUAAGAGCAGUCGAUAGUGACUUUACCAAUUUCGAAAAUGUGUGUGACGAUAUUUGCCAUUUGCUGAAAAAGGAAGAGUGGCAAAGUUUGUGUAAAAAAAUAAACAUCCUCGAGUUCAGCUUUAACAAUGUGGUUAACAAUAUUACCAAGGAAAUUGAAAAGGUUAGCAAGAAGUUCAACGAGAAGGGAGAAUUGAGGAAGAGCCUCAAAGUGAUGAAGAAGAAGUUUAAUUCGCUGUCCAACGAUUUUCUAAAAAGUGUAAAAGAGAUGGACAAUCUGAACAUGCUCCUUUCGAAGGAGUCCGAAAAGAACCAAUUGCUGCAGACACAGAACGAUGAACUGAAGCAGCUGUACGAUAAGUUAAAUGACGACUACAACGAUAAAUUGGUAUUUAUCCAGGAGCAGGAGUAUGAAGUGAAGAACUUGAGAGAGCAACUAAUGGAAAAGAAUGAACAUAGUACAAAAGCAAAACAAAUGAACGAGUUCCUCAAAACGGACUUGAGUUAUCUAAAUACGUCCCUUGAUCAGGCGGCCCAAAACUUAAACGAACUGAACAAUGAAAAUGUGAAAAACAAAAGGAGGGUAAUCGAACUGACGGAGGAAAAUACCUACUUGAAGAACCAAGUGGAGGAUAAAUCACACGUUAUAGAGCACUUGGAAAUUGAUCUGGAGUCGAAGAAUCAUGUGAUCAAUGAGUUGAAGGAGUUCAACGAAAUGCUCAUUAAAAAAGUUGAGGGGGGCAACUCCAAUAAGGAGGAUGGCCGCCCCGAUGAUGCCCGAAAUAGAGACAGCCGCCACGAGACUUCCAGCAGCGCAAAAAUCACAAACAACAGUGGCAGGAACAAGGAUGCACAUGCGAGCGAGUCCUACGAGGAAAUAAAUAAAAAGGAGCUACUCAUCAUAAUUAGCAAAUUAGAGAAUGAUAAUAACAUACUGAAUGAAGAGUUAGAAAUUUUUAAAAAUAAUUUUAACGCAUUGAAGGAGAAGAAGGAACAGUUGGAGGACGUCAUUAACAGCAACGACUUGGCCUUGAACAGGAGGGAAAUAGAACUUAACGAUGCUAUUAUUGAAAAGGAGAAAAUGCUGGAAGAAACCGGCAGGUACAAAACAAAGUGCAUACAAAUUAUAGACAUAUGCUUUAAUAAAGAUUUCAAUAUAGUAGACAUAAGGGAGAAAAUUGUAGCCAUCUUCGAAAAUGAAGAUGAAGAGAUUGAAGAAAUUAUCAACUGCCAUAAGAGGCUGCUCUACCACAAUGACAGUACCCACCGAGGGACCCAACCGGGGAAUGCGAACAAAAGGAGCAGCACGAAAUGUGGCGACAAAUCGACAGAACUGCAAGAUGAAGACAGAAUAACAAUAAUCGAACAGGAGAAAAUCCUACAUAUUGAAGAAAUGAGCAAAAAAAAUGAAGAGCUAAUAAAAAAAAAUGAGGAAAUUUGGAAAAUGAACAAAUACAUUGAAGACUUAAACAAAGAAAUUACCAACAAGAAUUAUAUCAUCAUUAAGCAUCAGCAAGAUGUGGAGGAUAAAAAUGACAUGCUGGAACAGAACCAACAGUAUAUUCAAUUUUUGAAGGAUCAAAUAAAAUUGCUAUGCAAUAAUAUUGAUGAAAAUAACUUGUUCGAUAUUAAUAACGUGAAUUUGUCACCCACGCUUAGGAGCUUCAUAAAGAGGAAGAGCCUCAACGCGAGAUUAUCCUCUAUUGACCGUUCGGAGAAGAAGGGAGGAAGCUUCCGCGAAGUGGGGAACAACAGUCGCUCGAACGAGGAGGCCUUCAAACAAAGUGACAACUUCGACCUAAGCAGGAAGAAGCGUCUGUCUGAAUUGAACAGCCAGGAAAUGUACAACUUCUACGAUGAAAACGAAGUCAAGCUGGAGGAAAUGAAUUUAAAAAUGGAUGAACUGACUGACAAGUUGAAAGUUGCUGAAGACCAGGUGGAACUGCUAAAGGGGGAAAACAACGAAUUGGUGGAGAAGUGUGAAUUUUUAAAGAAGGAACUAAAAUACACACAAGGCACAAAACGUAAUUUAAUGCUCUGCGAAAGUAGGCUAAACAUACUAGAAAAAGAACUGCAGGAGAAACAAAAAAAACUGGAUGCACAAAACAAGACCGUAAAUGAAUGCGUCGAUAUGUACGUGGAGGAGAAUUCCGAAAAUUUCAACAAAAUUUUGGAACUCAAAAAGGACAAUGAAAAGUACAAAAUCGAAGUUAAUAUUCUCAAUGAAGAAAUAGCCAAACUGAAAAGCCAAGUCAGUACCUACAAAAAUGACAUCAAAAAUAUAAGCUCCACUUUAGAUUUUUACAAAUCCACACACGACGAAUUAGUAAAUGAAUUCAGCAAGGAAGAAACCACAAAUGUGUACUACAAAAAGUUAUGCGAAUUCUUAAAAAAGGAAAAUGAACAUGUGAAGGAAAAUUUGCAAACGGAGGAAGAAAACAAAGAACAACUCAUAACAAGUAUGAACGAAAUACGGGAACAGCUAAACAACUGCAUAAAAGAGAACUACGAAAUUACGCUGGACUUGGAGUUCCUACAAAUGCAAAAUGGAAUACUAAAGGAUAGCUGCAGGUAUUACAAAGAAAGGGAAGACCUUUUCAUAAGUAACUUAAAUGACAAGGACACCAAUUUGAACAUGGUGGAAAAUUUUAAAGAAGAAAAUUUAAAAGAAUUUAUCAAAAAGCUGAAAGACGAAAUACACAAUUUGGAGGACGACAUUUCGGAGAAAACGAAAACCAUUAUUUCGUUGAAGUACCAAAUCAAGGAACACCAUUUUGAAAGCAUCUCAAAAAGUGGAGCUCAACUUGAGCAUAAAAAUAAUGUCCAAGAAAUUGUAAACUUGAAUAAUAUGGCUUAUGUCCAAAGUAGUUUAUUUAUUUAUAUUAAUUUAUUCAAAAGUAUUCUUUUCAUUAUAAGUGAAAUUCUGUUCUUCGCCGACCCUACGAAUAGCCUCUAUGUGGAAAUUUUGACUCUUUUAAAGUUAAGGGUGGGAAAGCAAGACGGACAUGUAGAGUUGGAUAACAUGAUUGGACAUUUUAACCUUUCCAAAAUGGACUGUGAACAUAUUUUUCAGUCCGUCCUUAAGUCGAAGAGCAUCCUCAGGGAAAAACUUCAGCUUCUCCAGUUAAAAAUUUGUUAA